CGAAUUCGAAUUUACGCGGCGAAAAAAAAAAAGCUACGAAAACGGCGCGCAGUCCCGGAUUCGAAUUUCGAAAUUCGAAUCGCAGUAAGUGAAUGACGGUGGCGCGUGUGUCCCUUACGGCUGACGGCAGCAACGUUCGUCGGCGAGACUGUUUCGGUACGGAGUGGCGGCUUCGUGGCGUCUGCUGGCACGCCUUCGUCCAUGAGUACGUCCGAAGCAGCACGACCGCCGUCACAGGAUCGCCAACGUUGUGUGCUUCGCCACCCGCACCUUCGCCGUCGACGUGCACGCCGUACAGUCGGGUUUUCACGACGCGCCAUCGCCGUUGUUCCCACCGAAGUCGAGCCUUCUUCAGUUCGCGAGGACGAGCGAUGGACGUGGACGGGGACGCGGUUCAUGACACACUCAGCAAGGCGGAGAGGGCGACUGUAGCAGCGGCUGUGAACAUGAUACUCAUCAGGUGUCAAUUGCAGAGGACGGAGGGGAGGAUGAGAGCAGCCAUUCGCGCACGCCGGAAGAAGACGUUGCAGUCCAUUCAUGUGGACGAAGAGGGCAGUGGUGCCAUUUGCGAUGCUGUCCUUCAGGAGCCCCUCCAGCCUGACCUCAUCGUAGCAUUCGCUUUGUACAGAUGGGCGUCGGGGGAGACGUACGAGAGCGGGACCUGCAGCUUCGGCAUUGGCAGAAAGUCUGGGUUGGUGGUUGUGCGGGAUGUUACUUCGGCGUUGCUGAGUGCGUACUGCGACAAGAUAUCGUGGCCAACGGGGCUGCAAAAGGCGGUCGUCUCGCACGCUUUCGCUGACAAGGGUUUCCCCAACUGCCAUGGCUGCAUCGAUUCUACCCACAUCUUCAUCGACAAGCCAGCCAAUUGCCCCGAAGAGGACUACUACAACAGAAAACGUCGUUUCUCCGUCCAGGCUCACGUGGUCGUCGAUAUGAACUUGCGCGUGCUGGAUGUGUUCUUCGAAUACCCGGGGAGCUGCCACGACGUGAGGAUCGUCCACCUGUCCAAUUUGUGGGCGCGUGCAGAGGCAGGGGAGCUUUUCACUGGGCCAUCUGUCAUGCUACCUUUCAGUGUGCGAACGAACGGCUAUCUACUAGGCGACAACGGUUACCCCCCCUCGGAAUGGGUAGUCAUCCCCUACGGCGGUGUAUCACAGCACCCCUCGGAGAUUCGGUUUGACAACAAGCAGAAGACGGUGAGGGGAGCAGUUGAGAGGGCUUUCGGCAGAUUGAAGGGGAUGUGGAGGUUGUUCCUUCGCUCCCACAAGACGAACAUGGAAACGUUAACGCAGCAAUUCGUCGCCGUCUGCAUUCUGCACAACAUACUCAUCGACGCGGGCAUCCCGUUCGACGACGAUUUGCUGUGGGAGGUCGGCCCGGACGGUGUUCGUCGCAGGGUGGACCUUGGGAUGCACCGCCCGUUGAGGCAGAUGUGUAUGGAGUCGUCGACGGGGGAUGCGCUGAUCCUGCAGGAUGCACUGGCGGAGCAAAUGGGUACGCAGUGAAGACGAGCAGCCGUCGGGAGC